AUGAUUGUACCCAAUGUUUGCAUGCGCGUCCGCGUUCUGCCGGCAGAAUCGCGGUCUCUUCUCGACCUGCGCGCCUUCCUGAUGCCGUCAUACAGUCUCAUGGUCGCGGGAUUCUUCCUUGGCUUCAUGGGCUUAUACAUGCCGUUCUUCUAUGCACAAACCUACGCUAUUCAAGAACACAUUACGAGUGAGAGCAUGGCAUUUUACCUCCUCGCCAUCAUGAAUAGCACGAGUGUCUUUGGACGUAUAGUGCCAAAUUUGUUCUCCGACAAACUCGGCCCUUUUAACGUCGUAAUCCCUUGCUGCAUAAUCUCUGGCGUUCUCUGCAUAUGCUUCAUGGGUGCCACCUCCUCCGCCGGCAUCAUCGUACUCAUGGCAUUCUACGGUUUCUUCUCCGGAUCUUUCGUCUCGCUUCCACCCGCCAUCGUAGUUCAGCUGAGUAGUGACGCGCGAGACAAGGUCGGCACAAGGAUGGGUCAGGCCUUCGCUGUCGUGGGUGUGGGGCUGCUGAUUGGAACGCCGAUCGGAGGUGCGAUUCAAGAACAAAGUGGUUUUGCUAGCUUGUGGGUGUUCGGAGGGUGUUUGUUAUUCGGAUGUGUGCUGUUGCUUAUUGCUGCUCGGGUGGCAUUCAAGGGGCGGAAGAUCAUGGUCAAAGCAUGA